GUGAACAUCCGUCUUCCCUCCACCAGAGGGCGUCAUGUUCUUCCGCCGCCUCUUUUGUGUUUGUUUACGAGCCGUCAGCCAUGUUAGUUUGUGCCGCUUGUGACAGUAUUCGAAUACCUCCAUAGAAAACGGAAAUAGUCAGUUUAUGUUGUCUGGGGGAUUUACCUGCUCGGUUCGUAAACUGGAGUAAGUCUGAAUAAAGCAGGCGCAUGCACGGUGCUCGUUAGCAACCGACAGGCCCGUCUCCGCAGCGUGAAACAUGCCGCUGGGUCUGAAGCCGUGCUGCGCUGUUUGCAAGACCAACUCGUCCUCCAUGUGGAAGAAGGGAAAUCAGGGAGAGAUCCUGUGCAACAACUGCACCGGCAAGAGCGCCAGCGCGGGGGCCGCGGGGGUAUCGGCCGCUUCCAGCACCCAGCAGAACAACGGCGGCGGAAAACAGUCUAAGCAGGAGAUCCACCGGAGGUCGGCGCGCCUGAGAAGCACCAAGUACAAGGCUCCGGCCUCGGAGAAAAAGGUGUCCACCAAGGGCAAGGGCCGGCGGCACAUCUUCAAGCUGAAAAACCCCAUCAAAGCCCCAGAGUCCGUGUCGACCAUCAUCACCUCCGAGUCGCUGUUUUACAAGGGUGUGUAUUACCAAAUCGGAGACGUGAUCAGAGUGAUAGACGAGGAGGACGGGAAGCCGUACUACGCCCAGAUCCGGGGCUUCGUGCAGGACCAGUACUGCGAGAAAAGCGCAGCCCUGACGUGGCUCCUGCCGACCCAGGCCAGUCCCAAGGACCAGUUUGAUCCGGGUACUUACAUCGUAGGGCCUGAAGAAGAUUUACCAAGAAAAAUGGAGUACCUAGAGUUCGUUUGCCAUGCCCCCUCGGAGUAUUUCAAAUCGAGGAGUUGUCCGUUCCCUACUAUACCCAUCCGCCCGGAGAAGGGCUAUAUCUGGACACACGUUGGACCAACACCGGCGAUUGCCAUUAAGGAGUCCGUCAGCAGUAAUAACUAACCUAAUGAGACUGACUGAACUGGUUUCAUGGACUUAACUGACUCCGGGUAACGGAGGUUGUAUAUCGACGGCUACGCGGUUGUGUAGCGUUUCAUUUUUCCACCACAGCUGAUGGUACUGCACUAAAACAUUUCCUGAAUUUUUAUAUUUCAUAUGUUGUACAGUCUGUCUACAAAAUCUAGUUUUCUCAAGCAGAGUAAGGACUGAUUCUUCAACUUGCAAUGUAAAAAAGUGAGGUUUUUCAUGUUGGCUCUUUCAGGCACUUUUUUGUACAGAGGAAUAAAAUGUUACCUGUAAA